AUGGCCGAGGCGACGGCAACGGCGGUGGCCACGGCCAGCGGUACACUGCAGCAACUGCUGCUCCUGGCCAAAGGGGGCAGCACGCGGGAAACGCUGGCUUAUGAACUUGUCAACGAUUGCCAUGGACACUUGCAAGCCUGUACCGAUGCCCGGCACCUCGAUCUUCUCGCCACCCAGCUUCUCAGUGAACAGGAUGGGCUUCUCGGUUUUUUUGCAACCCUGCGCAACCGCCAAAAGCUUCCCCAGGCUGCCGGAAGCGAGUACGGCAAAGCCAAAGCCCAUGCCCUCGCCUGUCUCGGCCUGCUGGUGGCUCGCCUAUCCACAGAAACCCUCACCCGCUACCUUCAACCCCUCAUGCGGCAUGCCCAAGCCCUGUUGCAAAUCAAGAGUGAAAAAUCUGCCGUCAAAACAGCCGCCGCCACCCUAAUGAUUCAAAUUCUCACAACCGACAGCCUCAUUACCCCGGACAACAGCGACGCCCUCUUUGAUGAACUUCAAAUUGUCAACCUCAUGAGCAUGCUACAAGGCAUCUUCCAAAGCAACGUCUCGGCUACACCUUCCACCGUCAAAGAACGCGUUCUGCACCUCAUGGGUGUGCUCAUUCGACACUUUCCCAGCCUUGCGGGCGUGACCGGCGCCGAUGGCCGUGCCCUUCUCAUUAGUGUCCUCCAUGCCAACAUGACCGGGAAGCUGGAUUGGCCCAUUAUUGGGGGCUGCUUUCGAGGCCUGGCUGUCACCUCGGUGCAAAUGCGACAAAUCUACGAACAUGUGGCCAACAUGACAAAAGCCAAAACGGAACAGGCGCUCAAACGCUUUGAACCCAUCCGCGCCGCGCUUGAUCUCUUUGCCGCCGACGCAGCCCAUCUGCAGCCGUUCUUCACGGCCUCGCAAAACACUUUUGAAGCCUUGCUCGUCAAUCUGGACCGCCUGGCCAAGAACAGCAACCACGACCUCAGCGUCGCUGCACAGGGUGCUCUUGAAGCCCUCUUCCAAUGGACCGCCCACUUUCUCGCGCAAGAUCCCGCUCGCGACAGCGAGGCCGUCACCGAAAUCAAGGGCGUCAUGUAUCAGCACCUCGUCAACGUUUUCAGCAACAUGUUGGCAGCUGAGGUGACCCCGCCGUUCUCCCUCUCCCCUGUGCUCAUCCCUGUUGUGUUUUUCUUGCCCCAAGCGCUUCUGUGUGUGAACGAUUGGCCCAGCCCAUGGAUCUUGGUCGCCGCAAACGCUGACUUUGCUCCGCUCUCGCUGCCGCUUUUCGAAACGUUUGCCCGGCUCCAUUAA